GAACUGAUGCUUGCUGUGUGGAUUGGUACACAAGCUGACGAAGCAUUCCCUGAUGCUUUCCAUACAGAUGUAGCUAGUCCAAUAGAUAUGUCAGUGCCCUCCUCACAAAUCCGCGGAAAAGUGUAUCAUUCUCCUAGGCUGUGGUAUGUUCGUGUCAAUGUUAUUGAAGCACAGGACUUAGUUGUGUCAGAGAAAAACCAUUUUCCUGAUGUCUAUGUGAAGGCUCAUAUUGGUAACCAGGUGCUGAAGACAAAACCAAUUAGAACUCAAACAAUGAAUGCUCUGUGGAAUGAGGAUCUGAUGUUCGUUGCUGCUGAACCAUUUGAUGAACAUCUGAUUCUAUCAGUUGAGGAUCGUGUUGCUUCCAAUAAAGGUGAGGCCCUGGGAGUGGUCAUUAUCCCAUUAAACACUGUUGAAAGGCGUGCAGAUGAUCGAUUUGUUCGAUCAAGAUGGUAUAACCUCCAAGAACCCGGUUCAGUUGAGAUCGAAGAGCCAAAGAGGAAACACAAGUUUUCCAGUAGGAUAAAUCUUCGUGUAUCACUAGAUGGAGGAUACCAUGUACUUGAUGAGUCAACUCAUUACAGUAGUGAUCUUCGACCGACAGCAAAGCAGCUUUGGAAGCCAUCAAUUGGUAUAUUAGAAUUAGGUAUCCUGAAUAUUGAUGCACUACACCCAUCAAAAACAAGAGAUGGGAAGGGUACAACAGACACAUAUUGUGUGGCAAAGUAUGGUCACAAGUGGGUGCGGACCAGGACAGUUAUUGACAGCUUAAACCCGAAGUUUAAUGAGCAAUACACUUGGGAAGUCUAUGAUCCAGCUACUGUUCUCACAGUUGGGGUUUUUGACAAUGGACAGCUUGGAGAAAAAGAUUCAAAUGGCAAAAGAGACAUGAAAAUUGGGAAGGUUCGUAUUCGGAUGUCAACACUUGAAACUGGUCGAGUAUACACGCACUCUUAUCCAUUGCUUGUCCUUCACCCGUCAGGUGUGAAGAAGAUGGGAGAAUUGCAUCUUGCUAUACGAUUUUCAUGUGCAUCGAUUGUCAACAUGAUGUUUCUGUACUCUAGACCCCUUUUACCAAAAAUGCAUUAUGUGAAACCAUUGUCUGUAGCACAGCAAGAUCUGCUGCGAUAUCAAGCUGUAAAUAUUGUGGCUGCACGGCUAAGCCGUGCAGAACCUCCUCUCAGGAAAGAAGUGGUUGAAUACAUGAGUGAUGCAGAUGCGCACCUCUGGAGCAUGAGGCGCAGCAAAGCAAACUUUUUCAGGCUGAUGUCCGUCUUCAAUGGAUUAUUCUCUGUUGGGAAAUGGUUCGGAGAUGUUUGCAUGUGGAAGAAUCCUAUCACGACAUCAUUAGUACAUGUUCUCUUCCUUAUGCUUGUCUGUUUUCCAGAAUUAAUCCUCCCAACAAUUUUUCUGUACAUGUGCCUAAUAGGGCUUUGGAACUAUCAGUACCGGCCGAGGUACCCUCCUCACAUGGACACAAGAAUUUCACAUGCUGUUUCAACUCACCCUGAUGAGCUUGAUGAGGAAUUUGACACAUUUCCUACGUCACGGAGUUCAGAACUUGUUAGGAUGAGGUAUGAUCGUCUGAGAAGUUUGGCCGGUCGAAUUCAGACAGUAGUAGGAGAUAUGGCCACCCAAGGGGAGCGAAUCCAGGCACUGCUGAGCUGGCGAGACCCACGUGCCACUAUACUAUUCAUUAUAUUCUGCCUGCUUGCUGCCAUUGUGCUGUAUUCUACACCUUUUCAGGUGUUUGCUGUCCUGUCUGGCUUUUAUGCAAUGCGGCAUCCCAGGUUCCGCCACAAAUUGCCAUCAGCACCCCUAAAUUUCUUCCGCCGACUUCCAGCUAAGACUGAUAGUAUGCUAUAGGUUGCUGGUGUUAUGUCGAAAGUUUUCUGUGAUACUUUCUGAAAUCUGAUUUUAGUCAUCGUCCUUGAGGAAAAUUUUGCCUUCCGGCCAUGGAGUUGAACAGAGCUCGGGGCCUGAAAAAUAAGACCUGGAAACCAAAGAAUGGUCUAAAGUUUGAUUUGUCUGUAUAUGUUGUGCAACAAGUUAGUUGCAUUCUCAGCACAUUUUGCAGCUUUGCCAAGGCUCUUGUAAUGUAAGAUGGAUUAGGCAAAGAUGCUGAGAACUGCAGUGUUUGUAUAUCAAAUUUGUACUGUUUAUUUUCUAUGAAGUGCAUACUGUCCUGUUGAUAGUAACAUCUUUUCCUUGGAUCUUGAUAUCAUUUGAGAUAA